AUACCAAUAUCCGUCCAUGGAGCAAAUUGCAGAGAUGAUCCCUGCUGUCCUGACAUAUUUCAAGUGAGUAAGACUUAUUUCAUCGUCGUUACAUAAUACUUGCUUGCUUACUGGCAUGUCCACCAUAAAAAAUGUAUUACUUAACAUUCACAAACAUCUACUGGCGUUCACAACAGACAUGUUGUCACUAUCAGAAGCUCUGUCACUAAGUCUGUACUCUCUGUACUGAAAUACAUAUGCAUAUUACAAUACAGACAUGUCUAUGAAUGUUUUCAAUAUCAGAAGCUCUGUCACUAAGUCUGUACUCACUCCCUGUUCUAGUUUCCGUACUGUCAUCGGAGUUGGAGUGGGAGCUGGUUCUUACAUUCUCUCCAGGUUCACAGUGAGUGUGUCCUUAUCAUGUUACUUCCCCCUGUAUCAGUUCAUACAGCUGCCCUGUGAUAAAUCACAUUAUAAACCGGGUGGUUCGAGCCCUGAAUGCUGAUUGGCUGAAAGCCGUGGUAUAUCAGACCGUAUACCACAGGUAUGACCAAAAUGACUUUUUACUGCUCUAAUUACGUUGGUAUUGAGUUUAUAAUAGCAAUAAGGCACCUAGGGGGUUUGUGGUAUAUGGCUAAUAUACCACGGCUAAGGGCUGUAUCCAGGUACGCCGCGUUGUGUCGUGCGUAAGAACAGCCGUGGUAUAUUGGCCAUAUAUCUCACCCCUCGUGCCGUAUUGCUUAAGUAUACCAUGCUGUUAGUUCUGUUAUGUAUCCUCUUGGUACUAGUCUAUGCAUUGAACUAACAUGGGUUAUUGUAGUGGGGUAAUAUUUAUCAUAUAACCAUGUUAAAUAUUCCCUAUAUGCGACCCAUAAAAAGACUAAGCAAUUAAUCGACAAAGUCUAUUAGAAAGUAUAUCUGACUCCAUUUAACGUUCUAGUAAAACCUCACAUGCGGUCCGUAAUAAGACUAAGCAAUUAGCCCAUUAAAUGAAUUAUCUGACUCCAUAAGAUAAAUAGCGAUAUGCAAGAGACUACAGUUGAACCAUGUGCAAUCAGGUAUUAAGCGUUUAGCUGACUAAGGAUCAAGGAAUGGUCAUGAGAAGUGAAUAUAAUAAUAAUAAUAAUAAUAAUAAUAAUAAUAAUAAUAAUAAUAUGCCAUUUAGCAGACGCUUUUAUCCAAAGCGACUUACAGUCAUCAAAUCAAGUAUUAUUUAAUAACUUUUGUAAAAUGAAUGGAUUCACAUACAAGACAUAAAGCUUAAGUUACGGCAAUACUGACAUUAACAAAGCAUAAUUAUAGGCAUAUAAUUAGAUGCUACGGUUAACUUACAAGACAAAGCAUGGACAAAGACAUUCCUACCAAGCCAGAGGCCUAGAAGCCUAGGAAAUGAGAAAAUAUCAUACAACCUUCCUCCAAUGGACAGGACACAGGAUAAGAGAGAGAGAACAGCAGACCUCCAUCCCAUUUAUAGCAUCUGAAGGUGUAACCAUCUCAACCCAAAACCAACCACCACUGACCAAUCAAAUGAUACCAAAUUUACAGUAACCCGACCACCAAGGCCCAGUCUCCACAUGGUGUCACAGCAUCUAAAGGCUUGUGUGGGGGAUGACACCAAUGUAAACGAGACAGAAUUUCUGACAGGACCAUAAAACCCCUUUCCAUAGAGUAAUUCAGAGUUUACCCUGUACAGAUACAAGUUACAACAGAGAUCAUACAUCCAUAUAGAUAGCAUCAGAGUUAUCCUCAGUGAACAAGUUAACAAGAUACCAAACAUGGAUACUAUAGUAUUAUUCUAUGACAUUCAAAAGUCAGUCCUCUGGAGACUGUAACAUCGGUACAUUUUGCCCCUUCAGAGGGGGAAGGGCUGACUGGUCCUUAAAGCAUUGUAUUUGUGUUUUGCUGGGCCAUUUGACAUGCAGCCCCAGGUGACAGAGAGCACAUAGUUUAGGGCAGAGUCUACAAAUCCCCCCUGGACAGAAGCUGUACAUGGACAGCCUGUGUCCAAUACAGGAAGAAAUGGCCCCCACCACAUGAGAGUUUGUUUUUGAGUCUCCAGUCCAGUUUAUGGAACCCAACUUCUAGUCGUUGGGCCCAUGGCAUCAGGAGUGUCUUCCGGGGAAGCGUUGACAAUGUGCUUUGCAAAUACAAAUGUCCCUAGGUACACAUUCCUUCAACCAAGCUCAAGAAAACGUCAUUCUUUGUUAAGGGCAAAGAGAUAACAUCAGUUCAAUCAGUUCUCAGUUCAAACAUCAUUACAGUCAAGAGUUACCAGUCACUGUUUGGCUGUGUAUGUUGGUCAGAUUGGUUGGUCUGGUCGAUGGUAACCUCAAAGUUUAUCAGGUAUGAAUCAGAUGGAUAUAAAAUGGAAUGCCAUUAAAUGCAUAAUUAAAGUUAUGGUCUCAAAGAGUUAAAUUGUUAUUUUCUCUGAGAAAGAGGUUUGCCUUGAAAUAUGAAAACCAUUAAAAAUCAUCUCAAGGUCAAUUCUUGAGUUUAGAUGAAUAGAAGCAGAACUUAAAAAGAAACACAUUAUGUUAAAAGCAAAAAGCAGUAGGCUAAAAUGUUCUGUAAAACUGUUGGAUAAAAACAUUAAAUGUAGUGACACAUAUGUCUAUGUGUAGUGAGAAUUAGCAUCAAUCAAUCAAUAUAUAUGUAUAUAUAUUAUAUAUAUAUAUUUUUUUUUACACGAAUGUGUUUGCUUGCUAAAUUAUCUCCAUGUUCUCCACCGACAGGUCAUAAGAGCAAUUGCAAUUUCGAAUUGUAAAUGUAAAGUAAAUGUGUUAAAAUGUGUUUAGACCCAAUCAGGAAGUAGAGACUUGACUGCAUCUUUAAACAUGGAUUAAAUGGUAUAUGACUAAGUCACUCUUCUGUCUCUAGAGACAGAGCUGUCAACAAAAUGUAUUUAAAACCUGACAAAAUCACAUUCAAAGAUCAGUUUAAAACUAUGCUAUAUUUAGCAAGUCACCUUCCAUCAGAUGAGGAUGAUAGCAACAUUCAGAAUAAAACUUGAGAGUGAGAGCUAAAGCUCACCCACUGCUUGUGUAAAUCAAACCUCUCCUAAAUCAAACCUAAUAAUUCAGCAGUUUGUAAACCCAAUCUGAGCAGAGAGAACAUAGUUUAGGGUCGAGCCUGCAUUAGCAAAAUAUUGCUAUACGGUUCUCUUCUCAGUGUAUACCAAUGCUUGCUUCUUUCAUUCUCUCUCUCUCUCUCUCUCUCUCUCUCUCUCUCUCUCUCUCUCUCUCUCUCUCUCUCUCUCUCUCUCUCUCUCUCUCUCUCUCUCUCUCUCUCUCUCUCUCUCUUUCAUUCUCGCUCUCUGUCUCUCAGAUGGCCCAUCCAGACUCAGUUGAAGGUCUGGUUCUCAUCAACAUCAACCCUGAGACCAGAGGAUGGAUGGACUGGGCGGCCCAGAAGGUUACUGUCUCUUUAAUAUGUUUAAAUAUAUAUAUAUAUUUAAAGUGUUUUCUAUAUUUAUUGGGUAGAGAGAGAAAGAGAGAGAGAGAGAGAGAGAGAGAGAGAGGCCAGUGGGCCGGAUCAAAGCCAUGAUGGCAGUGUUACAUUGUACAUGUGCUCCAGAGUCAGUGCUUAAACAGCUAAACCACCCCAGGCCACUCUCUUCAGAAUGUUGGUGAUUACAGCUAAACCACCCCAGGCCACUCUCUUCAAAAUGUUGGUGAUUACAGCUAAACCACCCCAGGCCACUCUCUUCAAAAUGUUGGUGAUUACAGCUAAACCACCCCAGGCCACUCUCUUCAAAAUGUUGGUGAUUACAGCUAAACCACCCCAGGCCACUCUCUUCAAAAUGUUGGUGAUUACAGCUAAACCACCCCAGGCCACUCUCUUCAAAAUGUUGGUGAUUACAGCUAAACCACCCCAGGCCACUCUCUUCAAAAUGCUGAUGAUUACAGCUAAACCACCCCUGGUCCCUCUCUUCAAAAUGCUGAUGAUUACAGCUAAACCACCCCAGGCCACUCUCUUCAAAAAUGCUGAUGAUUACAGCUAAACCACCCCAGGCCACUCUCUUCAAAAUGUUGGUGAUUACAGCUAAACCACCCCAGGCCACUCUCUUCAAAAUGUUGGUGAUUACAGCUAAACCACCCCAGGCCACACUCUUCAAAAUGCUGAUGAUUACAGGCAACAUUAGUAUUAAAUAUUAUCAUUACUCAGAAACCCAGAAGGUUAUUUGUAUUUAUUAUGGAUCCCCAUUAACUGAUGCCAAGGCAGCAGCUAUUAUUCCUGGGGUCCAGCAAAAUUACAAUACAUUUACAGCACAUUAAGUGUGUGCCCUCAGGCCACUACUCUACUACCACAUAUCUACAACACAAAAUACAUGUGUAUGUGUGUGUAUAGUGCGUAUGCUAUCGUGUGUGUGUGUGUGCCUGCAUGUGUCUGUGCCGGUGUUUGUGUUGCUUCACAGUCCCCGCUAUUCCAUAAGGUGUAUUUUUAUGCUGCCCUGUUCUGAGACAAUUGCAAUUUUACUAAGUCCCUCUUUGUGGCACCUGACCACACGACAGAACAUUAGUCCAGGUGCGACAAAACUAGGGCUUGUAGGAACUGCGUUUUAUUAUGGACAGACUUCUCCCCAUCUUAGCUACUGUUGUAUCUAUAUGUUUUGACCAUGACAGUUUACUCCAAGCAGUUUAGUCACCUCAACUUGCUCAAUUUCCACAUUAUUCAUUACAAGAUUUAGUUGAGGUUUAGGGUUUAGAGAAUUAUUUGUCCCAAAUACAAUGCUUUUAGUUUUUGAAAUACAUUUAUUUAGGACUAACUUAUUCCUUGCCACACAUCCUGAAACUAACUGCAGCUCUUUGUUAAGUGUUGCUGUGAAUUCAGUCACUGUAGUAGCUGAUGUGUGUCAAUCAAAUCAAAUCAAAUGUUAUUGGUCACAUACACAUGUUUAGCAGAUGUUAUUGCUGGUAUAGCGAAAUGCUUGUGUUUCUAGCUCCGACAGUGCAGUAAUAUCUAAGUAAUAUCUAAUAAUUUCACAACAUAUACCCAAUACACACAAAUCUAAGUCCUAGUGUUGAGUCAUCCGCAUACAUAGACACACUGGCUUUACUCAAAGCCAGUGGCAUGUCGUUAGUAAAGAUUGAAAGAAAGUAAGGGGCCUAGACAGCUGCCCUGGGGAAUUCCUGAUUCUACCUGGAUUAUGUUAGAGAGGCUUCCAUUAAAGAACAACCCUCUGUGUUCUGUUAGACAUUUCACUCUUUAUCCACAAUAUAGCAUGGGGUGUAAAGCCAUAACAAUUACGUUUUUUUCCAGCAGCAGACUAUGAUCGAUAAUGUCAAAAGCUGCACUGAAGUCUAACAAAACAGCCCCCACAAUCUAUUUAUCAUCAAUUUCUCUCAGCCAAUCAUCAGUCAUUUGUGGAAGUGCUGUGCUUGUUGAAUGUCCUUCACUAUAAGCGUGCUGAAAGUCUGUUGUCAAUUUGUUGACUGUAAAAUAGCAUUGUAUCUGGUCAAACACAAGUUUUUCCAAAUGUUUACUAAGGGUUGCUAACAGGCUAAUUGGUUGGCUAUUUGAGCCUGUAAAGGGGGCUUUACUAUUCUUAGGUAGCAGAAUGACUUUUGCUUCCCUCCAGGCCUGAGGGCACACACUCUCUAGUAGGCUUAAAUUGAAGAUAUGGCAAAUAGGAGUGGCAAUAUCGUCUGCUAUUAUCCUCAGUAAUUUGAUUGACUAUCACUCCACCAAAUCCCCUAGUUUCAGACUCCUAAUUAUCCUUCCACCUCUGAAGACUCUAGCCACUUCCAUGCCAGUCGGAACAACUUAAGUGUUUUAUCUUUGAACACUCAAAAGUUGGUAUCUUCACGACUGUAGGAUAAGGGGAACAGGGGGUGUGUUCAUGAAUGUUCAUAUGUUCAUGAAUACUAGCAGCAUUUCCAUCCAUUUGACUAUUAGAUUUAAUAGCAAUCCAAUAUCCUAUUGAUCAUUACUCUUCUGUGUUCUUGUUGUGUUGACAUCCUAACUAAUAGAAACUCAAUUACCAGCAGAAAUAUAGCAAAUGCUCUUGAUCUAGCAGUCCAUAAACAGCCAUUACAUUCUUGGACAAUGGGAUAUUUCGAUUAUGUUCUUGUAAAAUUCAAAAGGCACUCACACAUCUGAGCUAUCUUAGUUGCAGGUGCAUGGUAACAGUUGAACAAGAAACCCGCACACUGCUCUUGAUAGUAUCACUGCUCUGAAUAGUAUCACUGCUUUUGAUAGUAUCACUGCUUUUGAUAGUAUCACUGCUCUGAAUUGUAUCACUGCUUUUGAUAGUAUCACUGCUCUUGAUAGUAUCACUGCUUUUGAUAGUAUCACUGCUCUUGAUAGUAUCACUGAUUUUGAUAGUAUCACUGCUCUUGAUAAUAUCACUGCUCUUUGUUAAGCUUUACGUAUCGGCCUCAAGGCCUUCCUCAGAGCUUUUGUGAGUGUUUAUAAUUUGCACCCUUAUGUAGACAUUGCUCCACCCACAUCUGUUCAAUGCAUUGAAUGGGGUUGGAGUCGAGGGAAAAUAAGCAAGUGUUACCAAAUGUAACAAUGUGCAUUUCAUAAGUAUUCUAAUAAAGUGUGUACAUAAAACGUAUUAAACAUGUCUGUAAAACCACAAUGAGGACAUCGACCCAUCAAGUACAUUUUCAUAAAUCAUGUGGUACAGUGCAAGACAAAAUGUACGUUAUUGUAAAAUGACAAUUUGAUAAAGUAGCAUUUAGAGGAGGAAAUUGGAAUAGUGGAAUAGUUUUCAUGGUGGUUUUACUGUACUGUAUGUUAUUGACUAAGAUGUAAUACAAAAAAAAGUAGAUAUUUCUCUCUCUCUCUCUCUCUCUCUCUCUCUCUCUCUCUCUCUCUCUCUCUCUCUCUCUCUCUCUCUCUGUCUCUGUCUCUGUCUCUGUCUCUCUCUCUCUGUCUCUAGAUCACUACCCUGACCUCCUCCCUCACAGAGCAGAUCCUGAGUCAUCUCUUCAGUCAGGUGUGUGUGUAUAUGUGUGUGUGUUUAUGCGUGUGUUUGGUACGAAAGACUCUGGGUUAUUAUAGACUGUAACCCUAUGUGUGUUAUCUGACUAUUGAACUAUCUAUCUUUAUCCUAUAAAACACACAAUAUUUGACAUAGGAAGGACAUUACUGUUGUAUCAUUUCUGUCUUGGUUUAUAGGAGGAGAUGUCAGCAAAUGCAGACCUGGUGAAGUCACACAGAGAUCGCAUCUCUAAAGCCCCCAACCUCAUCAACAUUGAGCUCUUCUGGAGAAGCUACAACAGGUACACACAGACACACACACACACACACACACACACACAAACACGCACACACACAUGCACACACACAAACCUACACUAGUGUAACCCUCCCCUUCCUCCUUUUCUCUUGUACAGCCGCAGGGAUCUGAUCAUUGACCGUAACAGCAACUUCAAGUAAGCGUCUCACCCCUUAAAUCAGCUGUGACAACAGUAUGGAAUAUGUCUCUCACUCUCUCUCUCUCUCUCUCUCUCUCUCUCUCUCUCUCUCUCUCUCUCAGGUGUCCCGUGAUGCUGGUGGUUGGGGAUCAGGCACCUCAUGAGGAGGCUGCUGUAAGUCUUCUACAUACAUCAGACCUUAAUGCAGGCCUACCAUGUAGCCAUCGAACACAGGGAAUGUGAAUGUAGUGGCGUGAUUAAUUCACAUGUUAUUCCGUUCCUGUCCACCAGGUGGAGUGCAACAGUAAACUGGACCCAACAACAACCUCGUUCCUCAAGGUACUCAAGCUCUACUCAUCCCUUUGGUCUGGCAUAAUAGCCUUGUUUAUACCUGAUGCUGACAUGCAUCGUUUGUCCUGAUCUUGUCCACAUUCUUAUUGUGCCUACGUUUUCAGAACUAUCCGGCCACUGUCUGCAUUGCGUCCAGAUUUCCUGGUCUCUCCCUGUAUGCACAUUUUUUGACAGCUAUUCUUUCAAUAUUGAUUUUAAGACACAUAUUGAUGCCAUAAGUCAGUGGUGCCCCUUGUCAAUGAUUUCAGAAGGCAGGAUAAUUAUGAUUUAAAUAGUUUCACUGUCCAUAUCCGUCUACACUGGUAAGAUAUCCAGACACAAUGCGUGCCUGACUACCUCCGGAGGUGGUCAGGAAGAUCUGAUCACAUUCAGAUCCCAAUGUGUCUUUAAUCGUCUACACCUGUCUGAACAUUUGGGCACCAUUAGAAUGUGGACAUGAUCAGGACGAAGGACGUUUGUUAGAACCAGGUAUAAACGGGGCUUUAGUUGCUGCCACGUAGCUCUGGCAUCGGUAUCAAACCUCUUUGUCAAUGCAAUACAUCCUAACCCUUCUGUCAUCCUCUUCUUCCUCAGAUGGCCGAUGCUGGUGGUCUUCCCCAACUCACCCAGGUAAAACAUUUCACACAAGCUUAACUGUGUUAUGAUUCAGAUACACAACACUAUAUAUAUAUAUCUAGACAUUACAUAUACAGUGAGGGAAAAAAGUAUUUGAUCCCCUGCUGAUUUUGUACGUUUGCCCACUGACAAAGACAUGAUCAGUCUAUAAUUUUAAUGGUAGGUUUAUUUGAACAGUGAGAGACAGAAUAACAAUAAAAAUAAUCCAGAAAAACGCAUGUCAAAAAUUUUAUAAAUUGAUUUGCAUUUUAAUGAGGGAAAUAAGUAUUUGACCCCUCUGCCAAACAUGACUUAGUACUUGGUGGCAAAACCCUUGUUGGCAAUCACAGAGGUCAGACGUUUCUUGUAGUUGGCCACCAGGUUUGCACAAAUCUCAGGAGGGAUUUUGUCCCACUCCUCUUUGCAGAUCUUCUCCAAGUCAUUAAGGUUUAGAGGCUGAUGCUUGACAACUCGAACCUUCAGCUCCCUCCACAGAUUUUCUAUGGGAUUAAGGUCUGGAGACUGGCUAGGCCACUCCAGGACCUUAAUGUGCUUCUUCUUGAGCCACUCCUUUGUUGCCUUGGCCGUGUGUUUUGGGUCAUUGUCAUGCUGGAAUACCCAUCCACGACCCAUUUUCAAUGCCCUGGCUGAGGGAAGGAGGUUCUCACCCAAGAUUUGACGGUACAUGGCCCCGUCCAUCGUCCCUUUGAUGCUGUGAAGUUGUCCUGUCCCCUUAGCAGAAAAACACCCCCAAAGCAUAAUGUUUCCACCUCCAUGUUUGAUGGUGGGGAUGGUGUUUUUGGGUCAUAGGCAGCAUUCCUCCUCCUCCAAACACGGCGAGUUGAGUUGAUGCCAAAGAGCUCGAUUUUGGUCUCAUCUGACCACAACACUUUCACCCAGUUCUCCUCUGAAUCAUUCAGAUGUUCAUUGGUGUCACACCCUGGCUCUGGGACUCUAUAUGUUGAGCCAGGGUGUGUUCAUUCUAUGUGUUCUAUUUCUAUGUUGGGGGUUCUAGGUUGUGUAUUUCUUUGUUGGCCUGAGUGACUCCCAAUCAGAGGCAACGAGUGUCAGCUGUUGGCUGGUUGUCUCUGAUUGGGAGCCAUAUUUAUACUGUCUGUUUUCCUUUUGUGUUUGUGGGUUCUUGUUCCGUGUUCGGUCAUUGUCACCGUGGACUUCACGAGUCGUUUAUUGUUUUUGUUCGUGAUUUAAUAUAAUAAAGUAACAUGUUCAUUCAUCACGCUGCGCAUUGGUCUACUUCUCUCCCUGACGAUCGUGACAAUUGGCAAACUUCAGACGGGCCUGUAUAUGUGCUUUCUUGAGCAGGGGGACCUUGCGGGCGCUGCAGGAUUUCAGUCCUUCACGGCGUAGUGUGUUACCAAUUGUUUUCUUGGUGACUAUGGUCCCAGCUGCUUUGAGAUCAUUGACAAGAUCCUCCCGUAUAGUUCUGGGCUGAUUCCUCACCGUUCUCAUGAUCAUUGCAACUCCACGAGGUGAGAUCUUGCAUGGAGCCCCAGGCCGAGGGAGAUUGACAGUUAUUUUGUGUUUCUUCCAUUUGCGAAUAAUCACACCAACUGUUGUCACCUUCUCACCAAGCUGCUUGGCGAUGGUCUUGUAGCCCAUUCCAGCCUUGUGUAGGUCUACAAUCUUGUCCCUGACAUCCUUGGAGAGCUCUUUGGUCUUGGCCAUGGUGGAGAGUUUGGAAUCUGAUUGAUUGAUUGCUUCUGUGGACAGGUGUCUUUUAUACAGGUAACAAGCUGAGAUUAGGAGCACUCCCUUUAAGAGUGUGCUCCUAAUCUCAGCUCGUUACCUGUAUAAAAGACACCUGGGAGCCAGAAAAAAUCCUGAUUGAGAGGGGGUCAAAUACUUAUUUCCCUCAUUAAAAUGCAAAUCAAUUUAUAACAUUUUUGACAUGCGUUUUUCUGGAUUUUAUUGUUGUUAUUCUGUCUCUCACUGUUCAAAUAAACCUAUCAUUAAAAUUAUAGACUGAUCAUUUCUUUGUGAGUGGGCAAACGUACAAAAUCAGCAGGGGAUCAAAUACUUUUUUCCCUCACUGUAUAUUAAGUUCAAUAUAAUGUAUCUUCUUAUUGUCUGCUUACAGCCCAGCAAACUGACCGAGGCGUUCAAGUACUUCAUCCAGGGGAUGGGCUACAGUAAGUUUGCCUCAGUUUCUAUUCUGUGGCAAUGAGGACCUACUGUGACCUGUUGUGCUACUGUCUCUCUUUAUCAAUCUAAUAAUCCUCCCUCUCUCUCCCCUCUCUAUGUCCCACUCUCCCUCUCUCUCUCCAUCUCCCUCUCUCCCACUCUCUCUCCAUCUCUCUGUCUUUCCCCUCCCUCUCUCUUUCUCUCUCUCUGUUUCGUCUCUCUCUCUCUCUAUUUUUCCCCCUCCCUCUCCCUCUCUCUCCCACAGUGGCAUCGUCCAUUAUGACCCGUCUGUCUCGUUCGCGCACCGCCUCACUGUCUUCCUCCUACUCCAUGGAGGGGGAGCGUGAGCGUUCUCGCACCCUGUCUCAGAGCUCUCAGGGCGGGCAGAUGCCCCCCAGCCCCUCCCAUACCAUGGAGGUGUCCUGCUGAAGAGAGAGAGAGACAGAGAGACAGAGAGACAGAGAGACAGAGAGAGAGAGAGAGAGAGAGAGAUGGAGAGAGAGAGAGAUGGAGAGAGAGAUGGAUGGAUGGAGAGCUAGAUGUAUGGGUGGUGGGUGAGAGUGGGAUGAUAGCAUUUGUCACUAAACCUCUCCCGCAUCUCUUAACCCUGUCAUUCCCCCAGACCAGCUAACAGAGAAAGAAAGAGAGAGAGAAAGAGAGAGAGAGAGAGAAAGAUAUGGGAAAGUAGAUGUAAAAAAAAAAGUAGAGGGACAGAGGGAUAAUGAAAGACAGAGUUACUAAAACACUGUCCUCCCACAAUUCAUCUCAUUCUAAAACAUUGUCCUCCCACAAUUCAUCUCAUUCUAAAACACUGUCCUCUCACAAUGAAUCUCAACCUCAUCUAUUCAUCUCUUCAGAGAGAGAGAGAGAGACAGAGAGAGAUCUUCACCCAGACAGCGAAGGAUAGAGGGAAUGGA